AUGAACAAUUUUUGUAUCCUUUUAUCAUGGAUAAAGGAAGUAAACAUCAAAGGAGCCUUCAUUAAUAAAAGGAUGAUCUACAAAGAAAAGAUUGAUAAAAAAAAGAAUAUUUCUAAUUUCGAAUUUGAAACAUUUGAAAUUUAAAAUUCCAUGAAUUCAAAAAUAAACUAUUUAUAAAAUAGAAAUGGUGAAAGGAAAAUUUUUGAAAAUAUAUUUAAUGGAAUGAUGUAAAGAGUUCAUAAGUUGAUUAAGUAGAUUGAAAUAAGAAAUAAUUAAAUAAAAUAAAUAUAAUUAAAUAAAUAAAUAAAUAAAUAUAGAUAUAUUAUAAACAACAUAGAAUAUAUUUUGGUAUAUAAAUAGUUAAUUAGAGUUAAAGUAAUAAUAAUAAAUAAAGAAUACAGAAAAUGGAUAUUUAAAAUGCGAAACCAGCUUAAGACUAUGUAGCAUACAAUGUACCAUUAUUACCUGCAGAAUAAUAAUCAAAUAAUCAAUAUUAUGCUCCUUAAGUUUAAUAAACUUAAUAAUAAUAAUAAAUUAAUUAAUAACCAUAUUUUAUUAAUCCUUAUCAACCAUUAAAUAUUUAAGCAGAUUAAUAAUAAUAAUAGGAUAAUAAUAAUAAUAAAAAAUAACAGGAAUAGUAAUUCAAAGUCCUUAUAUUCCAUAUGUAUGAUAUAAAUAAUAAAAUUAUAGACUCCUUAAGUAGUAUAAAAUGCAUCUGGAUCUAGAACUCCUGUAUUACUUUAAUGUUGUUUUUGUAAUUAACAUUCAGUUACUACAAUUACAUAUAAACCAGGCAAUAAUACAUAUUGGGUUUCCUUAUUAUUAUGUCUAUUCUUUGGUUGUCUAUGUUUCAUACCUUUAUUAUCUGGAGAUUGCAAAGAUGUUUAUCAUCAAUGCAGCUAUUGUGGAAAAGUAGUUGGUCACACUCCCUAUAAACCAUGUUCAUGAUUUUUAUAUAUUCUAUACAAUACAGUUAUUUACACUUAUAA